AUGUUUCUCUCUAUCUCUCUGGUACCUGACUUCUUUCUCUCUCAAAACAGUAUCCAACCUUUCUCUUUUGCUCAUACCUGCUCUCUGGUCCUGCUGCUGCUAAUAUUACCAACUAUCUUGCCAGUCCGCCAACAUCUUCUCAUUCACAAAAUGUCGGGUGUUGGAUUCAUCCGAGUAAAGCUUGUGACGGUGGUGAAGGGGGCAAACAUUGAGAAUGCCAACAGGAAUGAUGCGAUUGAUACAUACAUGGCUGUGAAUGUAAAGGAAGCUGUCCCAGGAAAUAAGUUAAUUCAAAAGAAAAAAACUUUAUAUCCUUACUGGAACUCCUGCUUCGAUGCCCACCUUUAUGAUGGCCGUGUUAUUGAGAUGGUGCUGAUGGGGAGACCCUCCCAGUUCUUGGCUAAUGUUAGCGUUAAAGCUAAACAUCUAGCUGAUAAAUGCCACACAAGUGGGGGAGAAGCAAUGCUAUGGAAACCACGUUACAGUUUUUCCAGAAUGCAAGUGUUACAUUGUCUGCUUCUUUCUUUUCAGCUACCGCUAGAACCUCAGGGUCAGCUACAAAUUCAAGUUCGGCAUUUCCCAGAAAAAGAUGAAACCAACACCACCAACACUGACCGUCCAAGCGGUAUGCAUGGACAAGACCGGUCAUUUGAUGUUGGCAUUGGCCCCCGGCGUGGUGCGAUAAAACAGCAGAAAGUACAUGAAGUAAAUGGUCAUGAAUUCAUUGCUAAGUUUUUCCGACAACCAACAUACUGUUCCUUCUGCAGUGAGUUCCUCUGGGGUUUGAAAAAACAAGGAUACAAGUGCAAAGUUUGUAACUGUGCAGUUCACAAGAAAUGCCAUGACAAAAUCCUGGGACGAUGUCCACGAAGUGCAGUCAACAGCCGAGAAACAAAGAUGCUUACAGAAAGAUUCAAAAUCGAUGUUCCCCAUCAGUUCAAAGAUAACAACUAUAUGACCCCGACGUUUUGUGACCAUUGUGGCUCCUUACUCUACGGCCUUUUGCGUCAAGGCCUGAAAUGCCAAUCAUGUGGCAUUAAUGUCCACAAGAAAUGUAAAAAGUAUGUUUCCAACCUGUGUGGCAUUAAUCAAAAAUUACUGGCAGAGGCAUUACACAACGUCCGCAAGUCAGGAGCUCCCAAAAAACCGUCCUCGGGUAAAGGAAAACAAGAGAGCACUCCCAGCAAAGCAAAUACUGCAGACGACUCUGAUUCUGAUGAGUAUAUGCACUGGGAUGAAAUGUCCUCGCCCUCUGCGAGAAAGUAUAAAUUGGGAGACUUCAAUAUACUCAAGGUGUUGGGCAAAGGUAGUUUUGGUAAGGUAAUGCUGGCUGAACUUAAAGAAAACCACACCUAUUAUGCUAUGAAAGCCCUGAAGAAAGACGUCGUAUUGGAGGAUGACGAUGUCGAGUGUACAAUGAUUGAGCGACGGGUCCUGGCUCUUGGUGCACAACACCCAUUUCUUACUCAUUUGUUUUGUUCAUUUCAGUCAGAGUCACAUCUGUUCUUUGUGAUGGAAUACUUAAACGGAGGUGACCUGAUGUUCCACAUUCAGAAAGCACGCAGAUUCAGUAUACAGUUGGCUAUGUUUUAUGGAGCAGAGAUUGUCUGUGGAUUACAGUUUCUACAUUCCAGAAAUAUUGUAUACAGAGAUCUCAAGCUAGAUAACGUAAUGUUAGACAAAACUGGCCAUAUAAAAAUUGCUGAUUUUGGUAUGUGCAAAGAAGGAAUUGAUGAACGUAACAGAACAAACACCUUCUGCGGAACACCCGACUAUAUUGCACCAGAGAUUUUACAUGGACAGAAAUAUGGAAUUUCUGUGGAUUGGUGGUCCUUUGGAGUACUACAAUACGAAAUGUUGAUGGGACAGUCACCAUUCCAUGGAGAUGAUGAAGAUGAUCUCUUCCAGUCAAUCCUCCAUGACGAAUUAUUCUAUCCUCGGUGGCUUCCAACUGAUGCUGUUCGAUGUUUAAGUGGGUUACUUGAGCGAAAUCCACAAGUUCGAUUAGGGAUGCCAAACUGCCCACAAGGGGAAAUUCGCAAUCAUCCAUUCUUCAAACCUAUUGAUUGGGAAAAAUUAGAGAGAAGAGAGGUAGAGCCUCCAUUCAAGCCCCGAGUGAAAUCUGAGUGUGAUUCCACUAACUUUGACAAGGAGUUCACUUCAGACGAAGCGAAGCUGACCCCACCUGAUAAGGAGCUGUUCCGAACAAUAGAUCAGAAGAUUUUCCAAAACUUCAGUUUUACUGCUUGA